GGACUAUGGAACGACAUCACCAUCUUGAUUCUCUUCGUGAUGUGUGGAUGGGCGACUUGCUAUACCGACAUUGCACCACUGUGGCAAGAGGAGAUGGCACCGGCAGUUGAUUGGUCCUGCCUGGUGGCAUCCAUCAUGACUGCCACUGCCGUGGUUUUCGAGCUUAGUGCGUUGCUCAUUGAGUACAGUCCAGCAGACUUGCCCGUCUGUGUGAACACAAACGAUUCCAAGGUCAUGCUCUUUGUUUAUACAUGUUUGUCCGUCAGCUAUUUCAAAAUGGCUGUUUCCGGCAACCAGUGGGUUCAUACAGAUCCUUUAGCCUUUGGUGGUCCACGGCCAGUGUACACCUUGCGGUACCUGGAGUGGAGCAUCGCUAUGCCUUUGUUGAUCUCCUUAUCUGGCGACACAGAGGAGGAGGAAGAAGGAUUGGAAUCUUGGAAUGACCAGAGCACUGGCGAGGUAACCUUGAGCGGCGACAGUGCAAACUUUGUCAGGGACCAGGUGACCAUGUUGGCCAACUUGCCGCUGGUGGUGGGCCAGAAAUUGCUGACGGCGCCGCUGGCGGCCUCCGGCCGAUGCACGGCAGUCUACAUUUGGUCCUCUUGGUUGGCUGUAGUGGUCACAGAUGAGUUCAGCCGUUGGUUGCUGUUGAGUGCUUCCUUCGCAGCUUAUGGCGUGGCAACCAUCCAACAGGUUGCUUUCUGGUACUUUUCCGUGCGACGCUGCCAAAGCAAGAAUCAAGAGAAUCAAGCGCAAGAUUUCACCAUUCUGGUUCUAACGGAGGCGCUUCUGGCGACGCACUAUGGAGUGAUCUACCUAUUGGCCGUCUUCGGUUGUAUAUCUUGGCAAUAUGAACAGCUUGCCUAUACUUAUUCUGACAUCUUUGCGAAGCUCUUCCAUUCCAUCUACUUGGUCUCCUCCCGCCGGAGACGAAAUCUUCUCUUGCUCGAACAACUCCGCGCUGGGUCGCAGCUCGCGGCAUCGGAUUUGCAACGGAUGAUCUCCUUUGCAAAUGUACCGAUUUUCUGCGUCAACAAGGAGUUGCGCAUUGAGGAGUGGAAUCAGAAGAUUGAACAGCUCACAGGCGUUAGUAAAGCUGAUGCUUUGAACCGUUUUCUGCCCGAGUUCUACUCAAAACAAUCAACGAACUGGUGGAAUGAUGCCGGGCGCUUGCUGCAAGAUACCUUGGCCGGCCAAAACUCCGGCGUGGUGGAGAUGCAAUUCACCUCCAGUGGGAGGUCUGCGGCCAUGGUGGCCGUAAGCGCCACAUGUCAACGGACGGCCAAGGGCGAUAUCAAGGGGGCAGUGUGUAUCGGGCAAGAUGUGACCGAGUUGACCACCGAAAAGAUGCGUGCGGAAAAUCUGGCCGAACGCCUGGAAAGUUUGAUCCAGUCAGCCAAUGCACCCAUCUUUGAGCUUGACCUUGAGCUCAAUGUGGUCAGAUGGAACAGCUGGCUGAAGGAGAGGUGCGGUAUGUCCUUAGCCGAGCUGCAGGGAAAGCCCAUUACCACCGUGUUGAUCCAGCCCUCCAAGAAGGUCAUAAAGGACGCAGUCGCAGGGGCACUGUCUCCAGAGGGUAAUGCCAUGGAGCUCUUUGAGAUCGGCCUAGUGGACGACAUGGAGAAUCUGCAGGCGACUCUUUUAGUCACCGUCACUCCCACGUUGGCCUCCUCGGGGCAGACGGUGGGCACGAUUUGCAUCGGACAGGACAUCACCAAACUCAAGGACCUUGAAGCGCGCAAGGCUUCGAUCAUGGCCAUGUUGAGCCACGAGUUAAAGUCGCCCCUGCAUGGCAUCACCGGGCUGAGCAGCAGCUUGUUGGAUGACACGGAGGUCCCCUUGAGCGUCAAAAAGCCGCUGUCCAUGAUGCAAAACUGCGCCAAACGGCUGUUGGACAUGGUGAGUAACAUUAUGGAUGCGUCUGUGCUGGUGCAUGACCGAAAGAUGCGAAUGUCCAAAGACAAGGUUCAGCUUCAGACGAUCGUUGAAGAGGUGAUUACCCUUUGCCAGCAAGCAAGUGGGGAGGUAGGAUCCCAUUCGCUCUCACCAGGUGUGAAGUUGCUGAACAAUCUCACUCAGCCAAUGCCAAUCAUCGAGGCUGAUGCCUACAGAGUGACUCAAGUGAUUUACAACUUGGUGACGAAUGCCAUCAAGUUCACGCACGAGGGCAGCAUCAGUGUGUCUGGAAGCUAUGACGACUCAAAACGACAGGUGAUGGUGGAUGUGAUUGACACAGGCAUCGGCAUCUCUCCGCAGAACAUUGAGAGGGUCUUUCAACCCUUCGACCAAGAGGACAGCUCGGAAAGCCGUCGCUAUGGCGGUCUGGGCUUGGGUUUGGCGAUCAGCCGGGAGAUCGCGGCCAAGCACGGUGGAGAACUUACGGUGAAGUCGCAACAAGGGAAGGGUUCCACUUUCAGAAUCACGCUUCCCUACCAAAUGGUGGAACCUGGCGAUCCGUCCGACACUGGCUUUGAUUGGGAGGCUCCUUCCACCACGCUGGCAGAUCGAGCCUUCACAGGCACUUCUGGAGAGGAGCUGGUGGCAGACAAGGCUGAUACUGAAGACUCCUCAAGGAAGCCGUUCAGCACGAGAUUCGAGCCAAUAAGGCGGCAUGUCUCAAGAUCGGCGAUGUCCGCGGAGCAGGUUUUGGCAAAGCUGCAGUUUCAGGGGUCCUACAUUGAUCGCUUGCCACCGCGAGACGCAGAUCCAGUGAUUUUAUCGGUGGAUGAUGACAGCAUCCAUCAGCAGCUGGUUUCCUCGAUGUUUCGCAAUGGCAGCUACCAGGUGGUUCAGGCCUUGGACGUGCCGGAAGCAGUGGAUUAUUUGCAGAAGCAUCGCUUGCCCUCACUGAUCCUGUUGGAUGUCAUGAUGCCUGACAUCACUGGAGUGGAGUUGCUGAAGGUUCUCCGGCAGACUUAUCCUUCGCAGAUUUUGCCCAUUGUGAUGGUUUCUGCCAAGGGCACCAAGGACACCAUUGCUGGCUGCUUGGAAACUGGUGCCAACGACUACGUCCAGAAGCCCUUCGGCAAGAAAGAACUCAUGGAACGGAUCCGCUUCCAGCUGGAGAUCUCCAGGAAAGAACGUGACCUCUGCAGAUCCCAGAGCUUGAUGCGCCUGCAGGGUCACGAGUCGGACGAGCCCUCUCCGACUUCACCAUCACCGCCUCCCAUGAGCAGAUCAAAGGUGCCAUCGGCGCCUUAUGCAGGAUUGGAGCCCAGUGCGGAGGCCGCAUCUGCCAAGUGGCUGCAGCUCGCGGCGGAAGAGAUGAAGAGUUUGCGAGAAGAAAGAGAUCAAGCCCUUACGGAAGUCAAAGACUUGAGGCGGCGUGUGAGCGAGUUGCAGGAGGAUUCACAGAAGUCAGGCGCCCAAACGGAAGAACACCAGCGGCAAGUGAAAGACUUCAUACAGCGACAGAAGGUUCUGGUGGCGCAUCAGCACCAACUGUCCACUUUCAUGGAGCAAUUGGAUCGUUUUCAAAAGGUUCAGCGUCAAUUGGUCGCAUCAAAAACCUCGGAAGAUGCGAAAUACUUCAGCGCGCCGGUGAGUUUCUCAGGACAUAUACCGACCUCUCAAGGUCCAGUGGGAGAGAGCUUACGCGAAUUACAACUUGCAGAACAGACGUUACACUCGUCGUUGAGCCGAAUGACAGAGAUAGCUAGCUCCAUGACAGGAGAUGUCAAGGAGGAACUGCUUUGCUUGAUCGCUACCCUGCGCAAGGAUAUGGGCAAUUUGCUCAUGAACAUGGGCAGAAAAUGCUACCUACUUUUAGAUGCACAGAGUAAACUCCAAGAUCAAGCUAUUCAACUGCAAAGAGUGAUGCUGCCCAGUUUAGUUGGCUCUUCAACGUUGCAUCACAGUCUUAGCGCCAUGUAGGUUGGGCUUGUGGCAGCAGUAAUGCGGCCACCAGCUGCUCCGUGGCGCUUGCGCCACCUUGUCGCCAAGGUGGCGAUCACUCGAUCACUCGAUGAUGCGAUGCGUCACUGGUGCCAUGGUGCCAUGGUCAUGGCAGUCUUGGCUUUUAUCUUGG